AUGGAAAAGCUUGCUCUCCCCCUUAUUCUCGCAUCAAGAAAGUUGAGGCUAUACUUUCAGGCCUAUUCAAUUGAAAGCCCCCAACUUGGAAGCUAUUUGUCGACGGAUCAUCAAGAUAAAGCGACUCUAGAGCCGGAGUCGUCCUGGAGAGCCCGGAGGGCCAUAAGUUUUGACCUAGUCCCCCACUUUGAGAGGUUCGAACUGGUCCAAGUCCUACGCUUUGAAAAUAUACACGUGGACGCCUUGUCUAAACUUGCCAGCAACAAGGAUUCUGAGCUAUUAAGAAUCAUUGCAAUUAAGCAUCUGUCGAAGCGCUCCAUCUUCAGAGGUGAAGAAGUAAUGUGGAUAGAAGGUACCCCACCUUGGACGCAACCCAUCAUAGCCUAUCUCAAAGAUCAAUCGCUACCACCUUCAAAGAGCGAAGCAAAGAAGUUGAGAAGAAGAGAUAUUCACUUCAUACAUCAAAAUGGCAUGUUAUAUAAAAGAGGCUUCUCAUCGCCCAUACUCCGAUGCGAUGGAGGGAAGGAGGCCGUGUACAUCAUGAGAGAAAUUCAUAAGGGAGUUUGCGGUAACCACUCUAGUGUAGCAGCCCUGACACACAAGGUACUUCGACAAGGUUAUUUCUGGCCGAACAUGAAAAAGGACUUCUAUCAAUUUGUUCAAAAAUGUGACAAGUGUCAGCGGUUCACCAAUGUUCAGAGACAGCCUUUUCAGGAACUCUCCGUGGUCACUAGCCUAUAA